UAAAAGACCCGACGAAUCUCAUCGCGAGGAUAACCACCACACCACGGGUUGUAGCUCGGCUUAUAUUGCCGCAUCUUCCAUCUGACCUUGGAAGCAUCUACUUUUCAAAUUUUCUUGUUUCUUGCAAGCAGUUUUCAAAAAUGGUCUCAGUUCCCAGCAAGACGCCGCGCCAGACGCUGACUGUUGUGGACAACAGGACGGGCAAGGCGUAUGAACUCCCUAUCAAGCACAACUCUGUCUUGGCAACCGACAUUAAGAAGAUCAAGGCAGAUGGUGGUCCUGCAGAGGAUGAGACCAACCAGGGUCUCCGUGUGUAUGAUCCAGCAUACAUGAACACCGCAGUCAUUGAGAGCAAGAUCACCUACAUCAAUGGCCAGGAGGGUGUGUUGAGGUAUCGGGGCUACCCCAUCCAGCAACUCGUGAAGAAGAGCAACUUCUUGGAGUCUGCAUACUUGCUCAUCUACGGAGAACUGCCCACUCAGUCUCGCUACGACAAUUGGCAGAAUGAGAUCAUGAAUCACACCUACAUCCACAGCGAUAUUGAAAACAUGUUCAAGUCGUUCCGAUAUGACUCGCACCCCAUGUCCAUGCUGACAUCAGCUUUCGCGACCUUGGGAUCUUUCGCCCCCGAGGCCAACCCUUCGCUGGCUGGGCAGAAAUUGUACACCAAUGCGGCUUCCGGCAACCUGGAGGCGCUGAAGGUGCUGGACAAGCAGAUUUUGCGGAUCAUAGGAAAAGCUCCGACGCUGGCUGCGGCGUCCUACAGAAUGCGCCAGGGUCGGCCGUUUAACAGACCAGCACAGGGCUUGUCGUACACAGGUAACUUCUUGUACUUGCUAGACCAUCUGUCAGGGCACGAAUACCAGCCGCACCCAGUGCUUGAAAGAGCUCUUGAUGCGCUCUUCAUCAUCCACGCUGAUCACGAAGUAAACUGCUCUACGGCGACCGUUCUUCAGGUUGGGUCCUCUUUGGUAGACCCGUACUCCAUGGUAUCAGCUGGCUGUGCGGCACUGUACGGACCGUCGCACGGCGGUGCAUCCGAGAGUGCUAUCCGCAUGCUUAUGGAGAUUGGGUCUCCUGACAACGUACCAGCAUUUAUGGAGAAGGUCGAAAAGCGGGAACGUGUCCUGGUGGGAUUCGGCCACAGAGUCUACAAGAACGUGGACCCACGGUCGACCGCAAUCCGCGAGUUGGCGGAAGAAGUCUUUAAGGUCACUGGACGCAACCAGCUUCUCGACACGGCGCUGACUCUAGCCGAGUACGCAAGGAAGAGCGAGUUCAUGAAAAGUCGCAACCUCUAUCCUAACGUGGACUUCUACUCUGGGCUAAUCUACCAGGCCAUGGGCUUCCCACUGGACUUCUAUCCGGUGCUAUUCGCUGUGCCCCGAUGUGUGGGAUGGCUGGCGCACUGGAGGCAGAUGAUUCUCAACCCGUCUGGUGUGAAGAUUUGGAGACCGCGGCAGCUGUAUCUCGGCGAGACUGAGAGGGAAUACAUUGAGAGUAAGGACCGGAAGGAGAAGUCAAGUAGUGCUGGACCCGUCCAGGUGAACCAUGGAGGCGACAGCAAGAGACAUCUGUUGGCGUCGUACAAGGACGAGACGGGCCAUGUUUGGGGCAAGGCCAAGCUCUGAGGAACUAACCUUGGACGUGUUUGAUUAUGGAGCUCCUAUAACUUUCUGUUACCUGUAUAGCCUGUAGAUAUACCAUAGCAUCGCAAAUGGCUGAUAGCUUAUCACUUCA